ACAAGGUCCAGCCCAAAUAUUCCACGCACACCAUCGUCAUCAGGAGGAGGAAAAACAAAGGCAAGAAACUUGGAAACCGGGGAGAAAAGGAAGUGCACACUGAUCCCCCGCCCCCGAACUGAGAGACAUCUUGAGGUCGAUCGAGAGAGGGAACGAUGAUGGAUGAAGCGCAUGGUCAUAGUAUUGGUAGUAGCAGUAGUAACGUGGAUGCAGCGAAGGCCGAGAGAUCGGUUUGGCUCAUGAAGUGCCCGGUGGUGGUUGCCAAGUCGUGGCAGAGUCAUCCCCACUCUGAUCCCCACCCUCUCGCCAAGGUCGUCCUCUCCCUCGAUCCUCUCCACCCCGAUGAUUCCUCUUCCCUCCAGUUCACAAUGGAGAUGGCUGGUAUCGAGGCAGGGAGUAUUCCAAAAAGUUAUUCUUUGAAUAUGUUUAAAGAUUUUGUUCCUAUGUGUAUCUUUUCCGAGACAAAUCAAGGUAAGGUUGCAAUGGAAGGAAAGGUAGAGCAUAAGUUUGACAUGAAACCCCAUGGUGAAAACAUUGAAGAGUAUGGAAGAUUGUGCCGUGAAAGGACAAGCAAGUCCAUGAUAAAGAAUAGACAAAUACGGGUCAUUGACAACGAUCGCGGAGUACAUAUGAGGCCCAUGCCUGGAAUGGUUGGCUUGAUUUCAUCCACUUCCAAGGAUAAGAAGAAAACUGCACCAGUUAAGCAGUCAGACGUAAAAAGAACUAGAAGGGAUCGUGGGGAGCUGGAGGAUAUAAUGUUCAAACUAUUUGAAAGACAACCAAAUUGGGCCUUGAAGCAGCUCGUCCAAGAGACCGAUCAACCUGCACAAUUCUUGAAGGAGAUACUCAACGAGCUGUGUGUGUACAAUAAAAGGGGAACUAACCAAGGAACUUACGAGCUUAAGCCAGAAUACAAGAAAGCUGUUGAAGAUACAACUGCUGAAUAAUAUACCACAUCUCUGACUGUUAGUGAACAUUUUUCUAUUUAUUUCUCCCAAUGAAGCUGAGAAGAAACAAAUUCACAAGUCAACAUAAAUAUAUUUAGGUUAAGCAGGGAGGACUGCAAAACACCAACAAGAAGGUAUCAGGCAAAGAAACAAGGAGGGAUCCAUUCUCUGCUUUUGGUACCAGCUUGUUCCCUGAAAUUCACAUCACAGGUGCAGUCUGUACACAAUCUUGGUUUAAUUCAAGUGUGGCAAACAGCUCAAGAGUAAUUAAUAUAAUAGAUAUUGUUCAG